AUGUAUAAGGAGUUAGUGGAUGUUGUGUCCACUGCUGCACUAGUGAAGAUUGAAUCUGAAUUGGCUUCCAUUGGCAACACAGGUAUGCAGUCUAAUGUAUGUACAUACAGACCUUUGUUGUGUCUUGGAUUGCCAUGUGCUCACAUGCUCACACAAUAUCAACAAGAAGGCCACAACAUUCCACUCAAUGAUGUCCUCAAUUUUUGGAAAAAAUUUAGCAUAACACCUUUUAUUGAAGCCCUCAGAGAUGAUGUGACAAUAAAUAUGGAGAUGGAUGUGGUUUGGUCCACAUUUGCAUCUAUCGUAAUACCUCAAAAGAUGGCGAUCAAGAGGCAACUUCAGUACAUAGGUCAGGCUAGUAGCACCUCUAUAUUGGAGCCAAAACAGAAGGUUAAUGAGAGAGGGAGGAAGAAAGGGCAGAGGAGUUUUAAAGGCAGCCUUGCAGAGGAGAAAUCUACCAAGAGAGAACCUUCUGCAUGGGAUAGUCACUGUGGAUUCAGAGUUGUAGCAUCUUUCUAUGGUUGGGACAAUGAUGGUUGGAAGAUAGUAAACAAAGAUCUUACAGCCGAGUUUCACAAGUAUGGAGAACUUUAUAACAAAGUUCUGUCACCAUUUUCCAGCACAACAGAGUUGCUAUUGAGUUUGGAGUGCUAUGAUAAGUUUACGGAUGGUAAGAACUGGAUGAUUAUGUCAUAUAUGGGAAACGUCAUAUCAUCGUGUCAAAAUGUUGUAGUACUGUUGAUUUCAAAGGGACAAUGUCUAUCCUUUUUUCCUCUAAGGGGUGAUGUACCAGUGGAGGACAAGCAGAGGAUGUUGGUAUUUGGCUACAUCAACGGGUCGCACUUUGUAAGGAUGGAGCUUCUACCAGAUUGUCUAAUACCUCUAGUGUCCAAAAUGUGGACUGAUCAUCACAAUGAAAGUGCAACAAGAUGGGCAGAGUUGUUUUCUUCAAGAAUAGACAAGUUCAAGAAGCUUAUUUUCCACCAUGUACACAACAACUAUGUUGAGUUCAUAGAUUGGUGCAGCUGUUUAUAUCUUAGUUGUUAG